UUCCGCUCAUCAAGUUGUAUUUCUCCAUUAUCGGACGGACGUAUCUGUGCUGUUGGCUACAGGCGCCGAGUGCCCGUAGGCCCGCCGUUCAAGCACCGAGCGAAGGGAAAAAAAGCCUCCGCAUUCGUAUUCCACUUGCCCCGAAAGGAAGGUGCCGCAGGUCUUGUGCCUCGCCGCGUUCAGCCUCCGAUUCCAAGAUGGACGUCAAGGAAGACGACAACGUCUGCAUCGUCUGCUGGCGUGAGAUCCACGUUUACGCGAUCGGCCUGUGCGACCACCCCGUCUGUCACGAGUGUUCCACUCGCAUGCGUGUGCUCUGCCGCAAGAGCGAGUGUCCCAUCUGUCGCCGUAACCUACCUAAGGUGAUCUUUGUGAAGGAGUGCCGUCCUUACGAAGAGCUGAACAAGCGACUGUACCAGGUGGACGUGCGGCCACAGAUCUGCUUCGAGGAUGAGUCGGUGCGGCAGGCCUACCGUGAGCUGCUCGACAACCGCUGCAAGUACUGCCCGCCAGUGCCGGGCAAGCCGGCGCCCACCUUCGGCAACUUUGGCAUGCUGCGGAACCACGUGCGCAAAGAGCACAGCCGCACCUACUGCGACCUCUGCGUCGAGCACCUCAAGAUCUUUCCGGGUGAGCGGACAGCAUACACGCGGAGGGACAUGGCACGGCACCAGAGCCAGGGGGACCUGGAUGACACGUCGCACAAGGGCCACCCACUGUGCAAGUUCUGCGACGUGCGCUACUUUGACAACGACGAGCUGUACCGGCACCUGCGCCGGGACCACUACUACUGCCACUUCUGCGGUGACGACUACCGGCUUCAAUACUACCGCAACUACGAGUACCUGCGAGCGCACUUCCGGGAAGAGCACUUCCUGUGCGAGGAGGGUGACUGCCGCAACGAGACGUUCACAGCGGCCUUCCGCAGCGAGAUCGACCUCAAGGCUCACCGCGCCCAGCAGCACAACCGGUUGCUCACCAAGGCCCAGGCCAAACAGGCGCGCACCCUUGACCUCGAGUUUGCCGUCACGCCGAGGGCGUCGGCCAACUCCCACUCGUCCAGCGGGUACUACGACGACUCUGGGAGCCACGGGCGACGCCCACUGCGACAACCACGGUCAGGCAGGGGCCCACCGCCAGACACGAGCCGGGAUGAACAGAUGGCACGGAAUCUGCUGGGUGCACAGUCGCGAUCGCAGGGGUCGCAGAAUCUGAACAUGACGUGGGAAUUGCAGCCGCCAGUCGAUUAUCGCUGUGAGAAGGAGUUCCCGCAGCUGGGCAGUGACGGAGCCGCAGCAGCAUCGUCUGCUUCAUCUGGGUACAAGACGGCCACCGACCCAUUUCCAGUGGCAGCCUCGUCGUACCCGCCCAGGAAACCGGACAAGGUCAACGUCAACAGCGUCGACGAGUUCCCUUCGCUCAACCCGUCAUCCUCUUCCGCAACGCAGCAGGGGCCAGCCGUGCCGCAAACAACAGGCAUGGUGUCGCUGCGCAAAGCAACCAAGGCACAACCCAAAGGCCAGGCCAAUGGAAUACCGCCAGGUCGAGGGUCGGUCACAAAACAGCAGCAGCAGCGGAAGGAUGCAAACAACAAUGGCACCGGAGGGAAGUCUGUAACGAACUGGUUGGCACAGGCAUCUGGAGACCGCGGCUUGGCGAAACCACAGCUGCCGACAGCUUCGGUGGUGGUGAAGGCACGACCCGCACCAGAGCCAGCCAAGGCGAACAAGCCGGCCUCCAAGGCCUCAUCAAAAAUGGCACUCGAGGAGGACUUCCCGACGCUGGCAACGCGCAACAUCGCCCGGAUUUCAAUCUCGUCCUCACCGACGCCUCCACCUCAAUCGGAGCCACCUUGGAACACGGGGAAGUUGGCGAAAGCAAAGAAAAAGAAAAAGGCGGAGGACACUAAGCAAACGGAGUCGUCGCAGACCCCACCAGCGGCUGAAAUCAACAACAACAGCACCGACAGCACUGCCAAGGCGGCGGCGGUCGCACGCAAACAGUCUUCUGAUACGAGUACUGAAUCGACGACGCCAUCCACCGCUGCUCCCACGAACAACCUGCUCCAGCUCAUUUCAGCAGCGAGGAAAGGGACCACUAUCCAGACACCUCCCUCGCCCACCCCCGAGCUGGCCUCUGACGGCGACACUUCAGACUCCGACGAACGCCCGCCAAGGCUGACGGUGUCAGAUUUUCCCAGCCUCAACGGACGACCAACGGCGAUCGCUGCACCUCCGCCGGGAUUCGGCAAACCCAAGCCACCGCCCGGGUUCGCGCGACCCAGCGCUUGCGAUGCACCGAUGGGGACACUGUCCUCCCUCGUGACCGCAACGACGACUCCCGCGUCGCCUGCCGUGCCGCCGCAGUACAUGCCACCAGCAGGCUUUCAGCAGCGGAAUCUCAGUCUGAUCCAGGACGUGCAGCGGAUCCUGGACAAGCGUUCCGAGGACGGUCUCUUCACCAAGUUCAAGUCGCUGUCGGGCUCGUUUCGCCAGGGGGUGCUGACCGCCGACGAGUACUUUGCCCGCUGCAUCGAGCUGUUUGGCUCCGAGAAGGAGUUCAUUGCCGUCUUUCCCGAGCUGUUGUUCCUGCUGCCGGACAUUCGGAAGCAGCAGGAGCUCAUGGCCACGUUCAACGCACACAGGAGGGCGCAGGCGGCGACGUCCGGUGCACUGCCCAAAGGGUCACCCGUCCAACUGCUCGUGUGCGCAACCUGCCAGCAGGUGCUGUCUGCCGAGGACUUCCGGAGUCACCGCACCAUGCACGACCCCUCGUGACUCGAACUUGCCGCGUACAUCCAAGUGCCUUCUUCACUUCAGCAUCUCGGCACGACUCGGUAAUGCCAACAAAUUGCUGGUGAUGUCACCGGAUUACCCGUGAUGUCAUUGGCGAUUCCACCGGAGCUCGUCUUAGGGAGAGUGGCUGUCAUUCCCAGCAUUGCCAUCGGCUGUUCAAUCGGGCACACAUUUGGGCUUCUGAAUAUCUGGUGUCGGGAUGCCGAGUGAAGUUUCUCCGAAUCAAAGCACCGACUAUGAGUGCUUGGGACUGAUGUGAACUGGUAUUUCCCACAGUGAACUUGUUUUUAUUAUCAAAUGCAGGUGGCUCGCUGCCUUGUUUGUACGGCCCCCCGCCCCCCUCCCCGCUGUUUCACUCAUUACAAAUGUAAAGGUCAUUGACUUACCACAUUGCUUUGCUCGAUAGCGUUGCCAUCUUUGGUCACUUCCAUCAUUUUUAUGUCCAGUCUGGUGAUGACCAGUCUUGUCUUGUUCUGAACUCACCGAAUGCACGAUGGAAUGGUAAAGUACUCGGGUAUAAAGUGCUGUGGAAAUAGACUCAACCUUUCUAUUUUUUUUUUUCCCACUUACAUUGGCGCAAGACGAGAACGCCAAUGUUGCUAGUCUGAUGCGUAGUGUCAAAAGGUAUUGAUGCAAUGGUUCCAGUCUGCCGAAAGACAAAGGAAGUGAGAGCACUGAACAGCUUGUUUGCGGGCCUUUUCUCUUUUUUUUUUCUUACUUAUUGCAAUUUCCCGCAAUUGCUUUGGACUAAGUCAUCUGUAGCCAUCUUUCAAACCACUGUUCAUCGUGUUCAUUUGCGCUGUUCGUUGAUUGUUACUUAACAAGUCCCGUUUCUCUUAUUAAAGCUUUGUUUUUAGACACAUUUUUUUCUUCUUUCCUCGUAACUGUGAUCAUGUGUGCCUUUCGCCAUAAUGCCGUAUUAUUUAAUGUCUAAACAAUUUUGUAUCAGUAACAGCGCACACACAUUCUCCUACGCAUACUUUCCUUUGGAGUUUUGAAGAAGCAGUAGUAAUGCUCAUGAUUUGAAUCGGAAGACAUUUCUAGUAGAAUUUUGAGGAGGGGUGAUUUUCAUUAUCAUUAAGUUGAAUCUUAGUUGUUUCCGCACCAGUUUAUUUUGCCUAGCUUACCAGUCCUUGCAGAUAGCACUUCAUGGCUAAUAUAAUUAAUUGGCGGCUGCAUUUUCACAGCAUUCUGUUUCUGUUGUGCCUAUUGGUUUUACUUAAAUGUUGCUUCAUGCUGUGGGUGCUUUUGUUCACAUUCACAAUUAAAUUUUGCCUGUUCAUUGGGUUCAUGCAUUGGCCAUAUUCUGUAAACAUGAAUGAAAUUCAUAAUUUUUAAGCCAGCUAUAACUGCUUUCCUUUUUUUUUUAUCCUUGAACACAAUGGCUAAUUUGCCACCAGCUCAAUGAAGACCAACAUUGAUGGUUAUUUUUGCAAGUUCAGUGUUGCCAUUUGCUUUUUAUUUUUCUUAAUGUAUUUCUGCUGAAGUAAUUUAGGCUUGCAUUGUUGGGCAAAGAUGUCGAUUCUUGUGUGUUCUGCUUUCAGCUGUCUUUAUCGUGCAGUUGUGAUUGAACGAAAUUUCCUUUUUGUAUUAACGGAUUUGAACUGUUGACCCCCCCCCCCCCCCCUUUUUUUUGUUUUGUUUAUCUAUGGCUUCCAGAAGGUAUGCUUUGCAUUUUGAUGUGCCUAGGGAGACUGCUGAUAAGUUUGUAUCGUAAUAGCUGUACUGCCCGCUUUCCAAAUUCACUCAUUUCAAAAUUAUUAAAGAGCUCCCAUAAAUAACUCUGCAUCAGCAGGAGUGCGUUGAUGCAGCAUUUUGUUUUUAUCCUUUGAUAACUUCCUGACCACCUCGUUUGAACCAAGUUCCUUUGUCUUUCACGUCUGCGCAGUCUUGCAGUCUUGGUGGUCGCACUUUCGAGUCGAGAAGCAAGUGCUCUUGUCCUUCCCUAGAGAAUCGUUCCACGCUAACCUUGACAAAGACCUUAAAAAAUGCGUGCUCAAAUUUUUUUAUUCACUUUUUUUGCCCUGCCUUAGCUUUUCGGUGGGCUGUCCGACAGACCCUGUGAGGCUGGCAGGCAGCUCUGUUUUCACAGCUCUGCAAAAUUGAGAAACAUUCUUUUUUUGCUUUUCUGCGCGCUGUGCCGCUUGUUUUAAUUCUGCUGGUGGCAGUGUGAUUGAUUGCCACAUAACCUGUACUGUGCUUAUGCUUCUUUGCUUGUACAGAUGGUGAGAGAGAUGCUCUUUCCAGGAGUAAAUUAUUUGUUUCGUUUGGAA